UAAGGAGCUUUUUCAGUGAGGCCGGCCAGUCGACGCGAACGUUUCGGCGCGCCGCUCGCGCCCGCCCCCGCGAGCUGCUCCCGCCGAAACGAGUUACACGUUUUGAAAAAGGAUCGCGGAACGGUUUUCGUUUUUUGACAUAAACUUUUUUUUGUUGUACUUUUUUUUUGCGGCCGCCGUAGCGGCCAGUGUUAUCGAAGUUGUUCGGCGACGCGGAGCGGUGCCGGCGUUAGUAAUGGUACACACGUGACUACCAGCCAGUGAGUGCGUCCAGACAAAUGGCGUUUUCUGAACGUGUUAAACGUUUAGCCGCUAAUCACCGCGGCGCGUAACCGUGUUUCAAAAAUAAAACGUUGCCGAUUCGAAACCGGAGCACCUCGAAGGUUAAUGACAAAAUAAAAAGCGUGCAUUAAAUUAUGUGUAAACCACCGCCACCGACUGGAUUCUUUCCCUUUAUUCUAAGACACGUGCUCCGGUCGAGUCGCGUAAUCUCACAUAAAUUACGCUCGCAACUGACCCAAAUAUAAAGUUUACAUUAAUUCUUAGAAGACUCGUUCCCCAGCUGUGCACAGCGACGAAAUCAGUAAACCCAGGCCCGAUGACUGCACGCCACGACACGUGACCAAGAUGGACGCUGAUCACCAGUGAAGUCAUCAAAAUACGAAGGAUGAAACGGAGAAAAUAUGUCACAAGUGCUCUCACUACUCAAGUUCAUAAAAAUACCAAAGAAGCUACACCAACAUGAGAAUAUAUUAACGGGAAACAACACUGCCAAUACUUAGUGCCUUACGUUAAUGAACAUAGUGAAACAAUACACUGGUGCUUGUAGAACAAUAAUAGAGUAAAUGACAAAAAUAAUGUUAGUGGACGUAACGCGCAAUCAAACGGACAAAAGACUCCAGCGUUUACAAUGUUAGACGUGUUCCGAGGUUUAAAGAAUCUUAUCAAAGUAAACUAUGUACAUAUUGAUUCGCCGGUGUUCAGGUUACAUUAUUCCAUUACGGUUAUUCUUCUGAUCUCGUUUAGUUUGAUUGUGACGACCAGACAAUACGUGGGCAACCCGAUUGACUGUAUCCACACGAAGGACAUACCAGAGGACGUACUGAACACCUACUGUUGGAUCCACUCCACGUACACCCUCAAGAGUUUCUUCAACAAGAAGGUGGGCGUGGAAGUGCCGUAUCCGGGCAUCGGGAAUAGUCGGGAGAAAGGCAAAGAGGAUAUGAACGACAGAAAAAUCUACAAGUAUUACCAAUGGGUGUGCUUUUGCCUCUUUUUUCAGGCAAUGUUAUUCUACGCCCCCCGCUGGCUGUGGAAGUCGUGGGAGGGGGGCAAGAUACGCGCCCUCAUGAUGGACCUGGACGUGGGGGUGUGCACCGAGAUAGAGAAGAAGACGAAGAAGAAGCUGAUCCUCGACUACCUUUGGGAGAACCUGAGGUACCACAACUGGUGGGCCUACAGGUACUACCUUUGCGAGGGGCUUGCUCUUGUCAAUGUUAUAGGGCAAAUGUUCCUGAUGAACCGGUUUUUCGACGGCGAGUUCAUGACGUUCGGGCUGGACGUGAUCGCAUAUAUGGAGUCCGACCAGGAGGACCGUGUCGACCCCAUGAUUUACAUAUUUCCAAGAAUGGUGAAAUGCACACUAUUCAACAAAUUCGGCUCGUCGGGCGAAGUCGAGCGACACGACGCGCUCUGCAUCCUGCCGCUCAACGUCGUCAACGAAAAGAUCUACAUCUUCCUCUGGUUCUGGUUCCUCAUCCUCGGCUUCCUCACCUUCAUCACCUUGCUGUACAGGCUCGUCAUUAUAUUCUCCCCGCGAAUGCGGGUCUACAUGAUGCGCAUGAGGUUCAGACUUGUCAGACGCGACAAUGUCGACACUAUAGUGAGGAGAAGCAAGAUGGGCGACUGGUAUUUACUGUAUAUACUCGGAGAGAAUCUGGACUCGGUGAUAUUCAGGGAUAUAAUGCACGAAUUUGCCAACAAACUGAAUCACAACUACCAGCAUCAUAUCCACGGUGUGCCGGACGCGUGACCUCCGAUCCCCGGGUGGGUAUUCCACACGUGACUGACGUCGUUGCAGCGCGACAUGGACCCGCCCGUUUGAGUUUCGCUCGAUACCACUAAACAAGUGUGUAUAAAUGUCGAGGAAGAAAAACUCUUUGUCUGUUUCGGAAACGCGACAAACGGACCCAGUCGGCUGCCCUGAGGCACCCCACGCCUAAUAUGGACAUACUACGGAGUGUAUCAAAGACUUCUUAAUGCGAUACUAUCUGUAAUCGUAAGAAUCGUAACAGUGCAAUUCUAAACACGCAAUAAUAGUUUGUACUUAAUCUUUAAGAACGUGAUCUCAGGAUGAAUCCUAUCGAAGGCCUUUAAAAUGUCAGCGAUGACGGCUAUCCCGUUAGAGUUACUAGUGUUCAACUUUUAGAAAUAUUUUACUCAUAGUUUUGCUGCUCGUAGUGAUUAAUUAAAACUGCUUUCUUUUUUCUAUUCUAGAUAUAAAUCGAAUGUAAGCACACAGAUUAAUGCACACGACUUUAUCUUUUUUACACAAUUUCUCACAAAAGAUUCGACAGACCAAAUAACAAUUAUAGAAGCAAUAACUAAUGGAUAAUACAUAAAUAAUAUGUAAAGUAGAGUAGUAGUUAUUGAGAAAUUAUUCUAGUUGGAAAAUAAAAUGUUUCCUAAACCAUUAUGGAUUACUCACUUUCGUACAGAUUUCUAUGGUUUGGACAAACCAAAAACACUUUGCGUGCCAAAAGACAUUUUAUGUUAUGUUGCCGAGCAUUCUUUGAGCGAGUAAGUUACUUUAAUUAAAACUACUUGUAUAAUAAUGGAUUAUUCAUUUCGUGAACUUUCCGAUGCAUUUCUCGUGCAAGUAUGCUUUGGAUAAGAGUAACAAAGUUGGGGCUUGUGUUUUAAAAACGAGCGAAUGUUCAUAAUGCUUUUGUUUCUUUAAAUGGAGAAGUAAAGUGUUAUAAACUAGGAUCGAGUAGUUAGAGUCUAGACCACGUUCAGUGGCAUAGUGUAAUUAGUGCAAAUUGGCCGUUGUUUUCUAAAAUGCUAAUCUUAAUACUAAAAUUAACGGCCGAUAAGGACCAAAUGGGCCAAAAUUCUAAAGUCUAUGUCUAGAUUCAAUCGAAAUAUAAUGAGGAGAAAAUUUUGUUGUAUCUGAUUCGUUACCUUGUGCUAGAUGAUUACGAAAUGUUGAAAUUAUGUUGUGUUUGUAUGAAUAUUAGUUGAUAACCGUGACGCUAAACCAAAAGGCUUGGCUAAUCUCAAAUUAGCCAUUCUAAUUUAUAAUUCUAACUUGUUGACUAAAAUAUAAUAGAAAUAAUACAGCCAUGUUGGGUUUAGUACACGAAAUGUUAUAUUGUCCAAUUUAUUUGCUUUUAAACAUAUAAACAAUAUAAAAGUUUGUUGCAUCGAUGCGUUACUUGAACGUUAUCAAAGUAUAAAUAUUUAAAGGAGUUCCCUGCAAAAUUAUAAAUAACAACAUAAUAUUACUCACGAAUUUCCAGAUAAUCACAAUAUCACCGAAUAUUCAGUAUUGUAGUCAAUUUCUUAUAAAUGCCAAAUAUUGUGCCAAAAAUUAUUACUUUAGUGAAGGUAAUGCGAAAUGAAAAAGUCACCAUGGGAGACAUCGAAUAAAUAAUUAUGGAAGUACUUAA